AUGUAUUCCCGUUCUACAAUGCGCUCUGGUCUUCGAGGACCAGACAAAUCUGAACACGACUAUGUACGAUGUUUCGUUCGGAAGCAAACAUGUGACAGAGUACUCCCACGUUGUACACGCUGCACAGAGCAUGAUCCAAGCGGGCGUGUUGGUUGUCAAUAUCUCGACACAAGUCACACGAACCAUUUCGCUCAACCUCGUCAACCUUCAUUUGCCUUGUUACAAUUCUCGGGCACCAAUUGGAACAUGACAAAAAGGGGCCGUGAAGAAUUGGGCAACUUGAUACUUUUGGCAGCUGAUCCUAUCAGAGUUGUACCUGGAGGUAUGAAGAGCUUUGUCGAGAAAUUGAUAUCUGAAUACGGCCGCACUAUCGACGAAUUGCUCCAAGACAGUAUCUUUGAGUGGUUUCCCAUCGUUGAAUCCUGCUACAUGGGUAGCUAUAUCCUUUACUCCUCUUUUACUCGUGAUGAUGAAGACGAGGACAAAUUCAUGCCCUUACUGCACAUGGCCAUACUUCUGGUUACUUCGCCCCCUGCCGCUGUAUUGGACGGCCCAAUGUUGGACACCUGUACCUUUCAUACGGAUUUGCACAAGGCCAUCAAAGCGUUGGUAGCUGUCAUCUCGCUGAAUACCAAGGCACAUAUCCAUCUGAUUCAGACUUUGGGCCUGAUCGCCCUGUAUGAAUUUGGAAUUGGUUCUUUCGAACAGGCUCAUAUCACUCUCACUUCGGCCUUUGCUAUGACAAAUAUGGUUGGGAUAGAUCCUUCGGACAUGGAAGCUCAGCUCACCUGGAAAGUGUGCCUAAUGACCCUUGACAGAAUGAUUGCUAUGUCUACGCAUAGUCGGCCCUGCAAUACCUUCAGCCCUUUUAACCCGAAUCCACUGCCACUUAUUUGCGAUAUCUUUCAUCCUUUGAGCAAGCAGGUGGAAUUUCUGAUGGACAAGUUGAAUGACCCUCAGUUCAAGCCUGACUCGGAAAAGACCGUUCAGAGACUAAUUGUAAUGUAUGAGGGCGUUGCGAGAGCCGGUCGAAUUCUGCAGCGCAAUGAGGGGAAGGGAAGACCAACUUUUGGUCCCAAUUUCUUUCUCGACUCAGAAGAUGAUUUGGACGGUGAAGCGAACAAAAGAUCUGAAUUAGAGGAAGACAAGCAGGAUAUGAUGGACGACAAUGGUAACCCAAAAGCUCCUAACUACUGGUCAGGGCAUGAUCCUCAAGUCUUAUCUCUGAGUGCUAUGAUUGUCAACGAAUAUUACGAAGGGAUGCCGAAAGACGGGAGUGUUUCUAUAUCACGUUAUGGAUUUACAGAGUGGCACAAGAAAUGCGACGAUCUUGCUCUCAAGGCCUGCUCAGCGCUCGUCACAAUGUCAAGAAAGAAUGAGGUUGACAUACAAAAGCUCUCUAUGAUUAGCAUGUUUUGCAUCAUGCAUAACUUGGCCAUCAUAGUCAAAGAUAUAUCCUCCGACUUUGCUGUCAAAAGGGCUAAAAACUUUAAGCCUGUGAUGAACAAGUUUGCUGCGAGAUGGCCUUUUGCACGUUAUUACCGGGAUUAUUUGGAAAGAUAUAUUGGUCGCUUGGAGAAUUUGUGGAAUCGCCCUUUCUAUUGA